UUUAAGAUGUCUCGGAUUGAGGAGAAGUUACGGUUAUGCUUCGAAAAUGGUAACUGUUAUGAAGCACAUCAAAUUUACCGCACAUUGUACAAUCGAUUAUCUAAUCAAGGGAGAUGGCAAGAGUUACAGGAUAUGCUAUAUAGUGGAGUAUUGCGACUUCUAGCAGAAAGAGAAGCAGCAAGUGCAAUCGAUCUUGCCGAACUAUUUAUGGAGGCCUUGGAGAAAUCGAAAACACCUGUCUCUUCAGUUGUUUUGGAUCGUUUCGAUGAAUUGCUUAAUCUUUUACCAGCUCAAUUGGAAAAAGAUUUGGAAGCCAAUUCGGAACGAGAAGAUCGAAGAUUGCAGUACAUAUCUCUAGGUAUCAAGUGGACGAUGGCUGUAGGUGACAAGAAACGGUAUCGACGGCGGGGCCAUCCCGGAUUGCAUUUUCGCAUUGCUAAGUCCUUGUGGCGUGAAGGAAAUUACAUCAACGCAAGAAAUCAUUUUAUGUAUUCUGAUAAUCCAGAAGCAUUUGCAAUAUUUCUUACGGAAUAUCAACUGAAAUACGGGUACACUACGGAAAAAGACUUGUUCAUAGCACAAGCUGUUAUGCAAAUGCUCUGCGAUCGAAAACCGAAGAGUGCCUUAAAAUUACUGCAAUCUUAUUGUGAUAUGCAUCCAGAUAUUAGAAGCGGAUUUCCCUAUUCCUUUCCAUUGCUCAACUUUUUACACUUUGCUAUAAUAUGUAUUGCUAAUAAAGAGAUAACCUACUUCACAGUGUUAGUGGAACAGUAUGAAACCGAAAUCAGCCGUGAUCCAGAGUAUAAACAACUUUUGGACAGGAUAGGUCAAAUAUAUAUGGGUUUACCACAACCACAAACAACUCGAGGUGGCUUUCUAGGGAAUAUGAUUAAAGGCUUGCUAAGAUCACCGGAAAAUGAAUCAGUUGAAGAAUUUGAAAUCGAUUCAGAAGAAAUGCUUUGCAUACCGCUUAGCAAUGAAAAUGAGUGCUUGGUUGGUACAUCCAAAAGCAGACUAGCAAGUGGGGUAUCUCAGACGGAUGCAGCACAGAGUGAUGGCAUCACAGAUGAUAUGGAUUUAGAUUGAUAUUUUCAGGUGUGGAAAAUUGUCUGUCCAUUACUUACUUUUAUCUUAUAUUGAGG